AAACAACUUGUAGUAAAGAGUAAGGUUUAUAAGAUUCAUUGUAGCUUAAUAAGUAACAAAUUUAUUACAUUAUAACGUUUAAAAAAAAGAAAUCACUAAAAAUGAAAAUAUCUUUUUCAUCACUGCUCACGGCUGUUUUGUUUGUAAGCCUGCCUUUAGCGAACGCACUGCCAGUACGACCGGUACCUACGGAAGAAAACACUGCGCUCAAAACCCGAAUUCCUCGUUUACGCUCUUUGAUUCUUUCGGGCAACCAACUGACCCUUCUCCGCGAAAGAUCCUCUUCAUCUGCUGAUGAAUUUGGAACCACAUUACGAUCUAGUUCUGACGUAUCAGAGACGGAUUUUAGACUUGGCCACACCGGAAAUACCCUUCCAUCUAAAAUAACAUCAGAGAAUACGGACAGCUCGCACUCUCGAGAAAUUCGCAGUGUAACCUACAGUGAUACUCAAGUACCUGUUGAAUCCUCAACGGAGAAUGUACCGACACAAGAAGCAACUUCUAGUCCGGUUAAAGAGCAAACUACCACGGGUUUUAAAGAAGAGGUUACAACCCCCAGUUCGAUUCAAGAAGAAACAACCGUCACAUUAACCACGGAGAUACCAACUGUUGCACCGACAGUUGUCUUAGUGCAAGAGUACCUCGAGAAUGCCUCAACGCAAGUCGAUUAUCUAUUGGCUAGGUUGGACAAACAAUAUAGAUUGAUUGGUGUAGUUGACUAUAUCCCUGAUGAAAGAUACCGCCCUUCUUUGCCAUCAGAUGUUUUGGACAACUCAAGACAAUGUGUUCAAAUUGAGCUGACUUUACUGGCAAUGCACGAGGUUCUUGUUGAUUUUCUUCCUCAUUUGAAUGCGUUGUAUACAUUGAAUGGUGACACAACAGUUUAUAUUUCUACAAGGACCCUAGCUUGGUUCAUAUCAGUGAGUGUGUCUCCCCCUGUUUACGAUUACAUACCAGAAGGGAUACAAGGAACCGGUACUAAGAACACGGAGGAGGUCGUCAACACACUCGGAGCUCUUCGGACACAGGCUUCUUUAAUGCAACAAGUUAUUUCGAAUCUGAAAAAAUGCUGAUGAGCCAAGCCAGGAAUGAUUAUUGUUAUCCAAGGGAGACUACUAUGUUGUGAUCGGACAAUCCAUUUGUUUUGAUUUUUAUUAUUUAUUACGUGUAUUUAAAUAUUGUAUUUAUUUAACAGACGUUUUUAGUGAGCUGCAGGAUAUUUUUUACAAUGAAAUGAUCUCACGUGAUGUGUUCAUAUUUAUUCCACAUCAUUUUCUGCUUUUCUAAAAUGUGCUUACAAAGUUUUCAUACUAGAUAGAAAUGACCAUCCAUCGUACUUUUACUGUUUAUUUGUUGUUGUUUCCAGUUUCUCUACCUUUAAAAAUAAAAUUUGUUCAAGGUUUCUUAUCAAACGGAGAUUGGCUCCAUGGGUCCAUGGGGAAAUUGUGAAAAUCAAAUAACGGAAAUACGGAGUAGAAACAGUAUUGUCGAUUCACUUUACCGCUUUAGCAAAAAUAGAAAAUGAUAUAUUUAUAUUUUUGACAAUUACAAUUCAUGUAUAUGUACAGUAUUUGCUCAGUACUUUCAUCAUGACAUUAACGAAGCAUACGAAGUGUUCAAAUCAUUGUCUUCCAGACGAUUGGUGCAAAUCAAUGUCUUUCAGACGAUUAGUGCAAAUUAAUGUCUUUCAGACGAUUGGUGCAAAUCAUUGUCUUCCAGAUGACUGCUAAUUAUCUUAGCUCACCAUAUUGUUUGUAAUUUAUUCCAUAGUUACUGUCAAUUGUUGUGUAUUUAAUGUUUAAAUUAAUACCAUCAGAUGUUGUGAAUUUUUUUACUGCAUACAAACUGUAUUUAACUAUCAAUGUUCAUGUUUUUGUGUUUCCAUACAGCGUUUGUUACUAGAUUUGUGAAUUUAAUUUCAUGUUUUUAUAUUUUUAUGUUUUAUUUUUUACUAAUAAAUGGCAUAUC